AUGCCAAAUUAUUAUCCUCAUAAAGACGAAGAAGAUAAAAUACAUAGUUAUGGUGACAUUUUAUCAGAUAAACAUUCAGUACCUGAUUCCAAUAAUACCUCAUCAUCAUCAACAAUAUCAAAUGACAAUGAACCAAAAGAAUACUUACAACUAGAAAGAACAGAAACAAAAAAAUCACUUAAAAGUUUAGGAGUUUCGAAAGAGAAACCACCACCACAAAUUAAUGAUCCACCAAUAGAAGAUCCAAUUUUCCCAGAAGAAUAUCAUUUGGAAACUGAUACUGGUUUAGUUCGUGCUAAAACUUUGGAAAGUUUAGGAAGAACUAUAAGUGGUUCUCAUCAUAGUGUAACAGAUGAAACAGAAUUUGUUACUUUUAAAAUAGAUGAUCCUGAAAAUCCUCAUAAUUGGCCAAUGUGGAAAAAAUGGUUUUAUACUUUCUUAUUAACAUGGUUAGUUAUUUCUGCUGCAUAUGGAUCUUCAUGUUUAUCCGGUGGAUUAUUUACAAUAAAUGAUAAAUAUCAUGUUUCAACUGAAGUUUCUACUUUAACUGUUUCAUUAAUGGUUUUUGGAUUUUCAGUUGGUCCUUUAAUUUGGGGUCCAGGUUCAGAAAUUAUAGGAAGAAGACCAAUAUAUUUUAUAAGUUUUGGAUUAUAUACAAUUUUCAACAUUCCUUGUGCAUUAUCUCCAAAUAUUGGUGGUUUAUUAGUGUGCCGAUUUAUUUGUGGAGUUUGUGCAUCUAGUGCUUUAACCAACGUUGGAGCGAGCUUAGUUGAUAUUCAUUCAGAAGCUAGUAGAGGCUUGAGUAUUGCAUUCUUUAGUUUUGCUCCAUAUUCAGCUCCAAUUUUAGGUGUUUUAGUUAAUGGAUUCAUUAGUGUUAACACAAAAAGACUUGAUUUAAUUAUAUGGGUAAAUAUGGCAUUUGCAGGAGUUAUGUGGAUAAUAGUAACUAUGAUACCAGAAACUUAUGCUCCAACAAUUUUAAAGAAAAGAGCUAAAAAAUUAAGAAAAGAAACAGGUAAUCCAAACAUUAAAACAGAACAAGAAGCUCAACCUUUAUCAAUUAAAGAAAUGGUCAAUACAAAUUUAGUUUUACCAUUAAAAUUUAUUGUUACUGAACCUGUUUUAGAUUUAGUAUGUGCAUUUAUUGCAUUAAUAUAUGGUUUGUUGUAUGCAUUCUUCUUUGCUUAUCCAUACAUUUUUGGUAAAUUAUAUGGUUAUAAAGAUGAUAAAAUUGGUCUUAUGUUUAUACCUGUUUUAAUUGGUGCAUCAAUUGCUGUCGGAACAACUUAUAUCUUGGAAAAGCAAUAUAAUGUUAUGUUAAAAAAGAAGAAACCAGUUCCAGAAGAUAGAUUAGUUGGAGCAAUGAUUGGGGCUCCUUUCCCUUGUAUUGCAUUAUUUAUAUUAGGAGCUACUUCAUAUAAACAUAUAAUUUGGGUUGGUCCAGCAUCAUCAGGACUUGCGUUUGGUUUUGGAAUGACAUUAAUAUAUUAUUCAUGUAAUAAUUAUAUUCUUGAUAGUUAUGCAAAACGUGCUGCGCUGGCAUUAGCUACAAAAGUAUUUUUAAGAUCUGGGUUAGGUGGUGCAAUGCCCUUAUUUAUAACUUAUAUGUAUCAAGGUCUUGGUUUACAAUGGGCUAGUUGGUUAUUGGCUUUUGUUUCAUUAGCCAUGGUUCUUGUCCCAUUCAGUUUUUACUUGUACGGUGCUACACUUAGAGCCAAAUGGUGUAAAGAAGAUUAUACAAUACAUUAUGAUUAG